UAUUUAAAGUGUUACAUAGAACAGAAUGAUCUUAAAUGUUAUUGUUGAAAGAAUGGAUAGAAUGGCCGCAAUAUUUGUAAUCGGACUGAUUUUGUUUUCAAUCCAGGUGGUUUAUCCAUUUUCAGACCUACCCGGAUUUAUCGGAUGUUACAGAGAUAAAUUUGGAGAAUCUAUCAAUUAUAUACCAUAUAAAGAGACGGAAAGGAAUAUGAACGUAACAGAAUGUAUCAAAUCCUGCAGAUAUGGAAGAUUUAUCUACACUGGGGCAAAGUACGACGGUAAUGGUUUGAAAUGCUUUUGCGGCAACAGUAUGCAGUCGAAUAUUGAGGAAGCGGUCUGUAACUUAACUUGUCCAGACAGCGGUCUUCCGGAAUGUCCGACAUUCGGCGAAAUAAUAUUGUUCAGAACUGGCGGUAUUCAUGAAGAAAAUAACAGUGGAAAUCACAAGACUCUUAUACCUGCUAUAUCUGCUGGUUUUCUUCUAGCUGCAGGAACUUAUAUUAUUUUUAUCUGGAUCAGAUGGCGAAAAUAUCAAAGGAACCAACAGCAAGACACUCUCCACGAAACCCCGACAUUAGAUAAUGCAACAGCACCAGACGACCCGUACACAUAUGCUGAGAUAGAUCUUCAGGAUUCAUCAGCAAAUUGCACACAACAACUUACUGAAAGAAAACCUGUUCCCAUAAUUGAAUGUGCAAUGUUCCGAAAGCUUCCAGAACUCCCAACAUCUGAUUAUCUUGCAGUAACAAACGAUGCUGACAAUUACAAUGAAAUAGAACCUAAGAAUUCACCAGAUUGCCUGGAAGCUGGAAUCAAAUACUCUGAUACGAAGUCCAAAUUUCAAUACGAUUAUGCUUAUUCCCUUCAACCUCAAAAUCAAAUUAACAAAACCAUUUAUAAUAACAUUGAAUUCAACAGUGACGGAACUUCCACAGAAAUACCUGUACAAGAAGACAGCUCUGAAAUUUAAAAUCGUAGAAUCGUGCUUUGGAUUUGGUCAAUAGGUUCUUACAUUGAUAUUCAGCAAAUGCCUUGCUACCGCCAAAUUCAAAUACACCUUUUUACUUUAAACGAUCUGUAUAUAAAACUGACAUCGUAUUAAGAGCCAAGUUGACUUUUCGAAGACAAAUAACAUUCAAAGCCGGCAGUCAAAAUUCGUUUAUCCCUUAUACAGUGUAACUUCUGAAUUCCGAAAACUUUUGAAAUCCGAACACUAUCCAGAGUCCAAAAAUGUGUUCUUUUGUUUUAAAUGGGAUUCAUAAUUCUGAAUUCCGGAAAUUUUAAAUUCUGAAUUCCGAACGAUAAAAUUUGGAAUAUUUUAAUUAAAUCAUAAUUCCCAAAUCCGGAAAUUUGAAAGGGUGAGAAGGAUUAUUUUAUUUUAAAUUAUAAAACAUGUGUAAAUCUUUUGAUUUUGGUAUUAAUAUUGGUAAAUGGAAAAACUUUUAACAUGUUAUACGCUGAUGAUAUCGCUAUAUAAGCCGAUAAUGCUAAAGAUCUACGGAUAUUGUUAAAUGUGCCUUAAAUGACUUGUGUUCGUUGAAUGAUAUGACUGUUUACCCUUUGAAAAGAAAAUUGAGCCGCGUCACGACAAAAACCAACAUAAUGGGUUUGCGACCAGCAUGGUAUGAUCAGGAUCCAUGCUGUUCGCUAUCAGUUUCUCUACUUGCUAUAACAGCAUGGAUCCUGAUCAGAGUGCGCGGAGCAGGCUGGUCUGGAUCCAUGCUGGUCGCAAACCCAUUAUGUUGGUUUUGUCGUGACGCGGCUCAUUUUAAUGUUAUUCACUUCCGUCUGAUAGCUGUUCUACGUACGACUGUUGCCUUUAAAUAUGGUGAUAAUGUAUAAACAUAGUUGAUAGGUAUACUUAUUUAGGUGUCAUAUUACACGAGCAUCUCGAUUAUUCAAUAACUGUUAAAGCUGCUGCUCAGAGUGCUAGUCGCGCAUUGCAAUUUAAUUCUUCGGUCUAGACACAGGUCCGCAUUUUGUAAGUUUGGGUGUAGGUUGCUCCCAUUAGAAUUGAAACUGGCAGGCACGAUGGUUUGUCAAUAGAUGAAAUAAUUUGUCCAUUUCGUGAUACUACAGAAAAUGAAUAUCAUGUUGGUUUUUUUUUUGUUUCAUUUGUUAUGCUGUAUUUUUUUCAUUUAAUUUUUUUAAAAUACUUUUUGUAAAAUUAUUAUAUUUUUUUGUUUAUGUUAUAAAAAGUUUUUUUAAUUAUUGAAAUUUAGAAAUAUGUAAAUUAUUAAUUAGCCAGGUCCCUGACAUGUUUAUUGCAAUUUACGUGUCUGACACAUUUAUGUUUUUUUACGUCACAUGUAUAACAACGUAAUUAUUAUUAUUAAUUUUAUUUACAACAUUUAUUUAAAGUUUUUUUACUUAAUUAUUUGUUUAACUUAAAAAAAGUAACUAAAGGGCCGCUAACUUUUAACAUCUGACGUGUUAAUUAGUUUAAUUAAACCAUUUUUAUUGGUUAAAUUUAUUUUAUAUUUAAUAAAAUGUAUUUUUAUUGGUUAAUAUUUUCGUGUUUGAGGGUCAUUUUUUAUUGGUUAAUUAUUUAAACCUUUGUUACAAUUAUUUUUGAGAUAGAAGGAUUCAAACAGUUAUACAGUAAACAUGUAAUUGUUUAAGUUUAACCCUUAAUAUAUAUAUAUAGAUAUACAUGUACGCGAAACAACGUACUUUCGACCCCCCCCCCCCUUUUAGGCCUCAAUUAGUGAAAAAAAUGUCCUAUUGGGGGCCCAAACACAUGUUUUCAUUUGAGAAAUGUUGCUAAAAAAGUGAGCACUUUUUCGGCGCCGCCCUCCAUCCAAAAGAUACAUCAGGGGGUUGCCCCCUUCUGUUUGGGGGUUUGAAGGGGGCGGUAGUCCCCCUCAUCUCCAAGAAAAUUUUGAACUGUGAGAGGCUAAAAAUGACCCCAGGUCAAUCAUAAUGUAACGUGUAACCAACGCUAAAAGCCUUUGACUCUACCUCAAUCCCUUGAGAAGUUGCAGCACUUUGAAAUAAAUUUUGAUGGAAAAUAUCAAGGCAAAAUAGUGAUUUUUGGCAAUUUUGAGAUGUCCCCUCGUUGUCAUGGUAACAGGAAAUUUAAGACCGAGCAUGUUGUUACAAAGGCAAUGGUCCAAUCAACAUAUGUGCCAAUUUUGCUUAGUAUUGAAGCAUUGUUCAUAGUUUCAUAGCAGUUUGAACUUGUAACAGGAGGCUUUUCAAUGAAAACGGCCAUUUUUCACAAUAUGCUCACGAGGGAAAGGGUUAACUAAAAAAAUUAAAAAUUUUACAAAACAACAAUUUUUCACCAAAAUUAGGUUAAAGGCUACAUGUUAACAUGGAAAAACUAGAUUUAGGGUGAUUCCAAAGUUUUUCAUUAUUUUUUGUUAACUAAAAAAAAUAAAAAUGUUACAAAACAACAAUUUUUCACCAAAAUUAGGUAAAAGGCUACAUGUUAACAUUGAAAAACUAGAUUUAGGGUAAUUCCAAAGUUUUUCAUUAUUUUUUGUUAACCCUUUACCUCAUAUAUACGCGAAAAAACGCUCUUUCGACCCUCCCCUUUUUUUAGGCCUCAAUUAGUGGGAAAAAUGUCCUAUUUUGGCCCCAAACACACGUUUUCAUUUAAGAAAGGUUGCUUAAAAAAAGUGAGCACUUUUUCGGUGCCGCCCCCAUCCAAAAGAUACAUCAGGGAGUUGCCAGAAGGGGUUCGUGUCCCCUUCUGUUUGGGGGGUUUGAAGGGGGCGGUAUUCCCCCUCAUCUCCAAGAAAAUUUUGGACUUGUGAGAGGCUAAAAUGACCCCAGGUCGAUCAUAAGGUAACGUGAAACCAACGCUGAAAAGUGUUUGACUCUACCUCAAUCCCUUGAGAAGUUGCAGCACUUUAAAAUAAAUUUUGAUGGAAAAAAUCAAGGCAAAAUAGUGAUUUUCGGCGAUUUUAGAUGUCCCCUCGUUGUCAUGGUAACAGUAAAUUUAAGACCGAGCAUGUCGUUACAAAGGCAAUGGUCCAAUCAACAUUUGUGCAAAGUUUGAUUAGUAUUGAAGCAUUGUUCAUAGUUCCAUAGCAGUUUGAACUUGUAACUGGAGGCUUUUCAAUGAAAACGGCCAUUUUUCACAAUAUGCUCAUGAGGGAAAGGGUUAAAGUGUUAGUGCCGCAGUUUUCUGCGGUGCAUUUUAAUGUACAUGUACAUUUAUUGUUGUUUUUAACCGGUUGAAGUUAUUGUUAUAAAAAUAUAAAAAAAAACUAUAUGAUA